GCGCGUUUCCCCGCGCCUACUGGUCUUGCAAUCUGUCCCAUCUGAGGACGUUCUCUCUCUCCCUCGUAUGCCACUAUACACACACGCACACAGUCUUCCUCUUUUCGUCUCUCUCUUUUUCAAACAAGCACAACUGUUACGCAAAAGAAGCGAGAGAACUAUCGAUCUGUUCUUCGCUCUCCCUCUCAUCAGCACUCGUUCACAUACGUCCUCUGUGUGUGUGUGUGUGUGUGUGUGUGUGAGAGAGAGAGAGAGAGAGAGAGAGAGAGAGAGAGAGAGAGAGAGGGAGAUUGGUUUUUCUCGCUUGUCUCUCUUUUACCUUCGCUUGGCUCUUUGCUCAGCAUCUCGCUCUCUGCUCUCAACUCAUCAACCCCCUACCUUCUCCCCCUCUCCUCCCCCUCUCGCCUGACAACGUCCGGACCUGAUCCCGACCCGGAUUCUCGAUCUAGGGGUGCUGGUUCGAGUCUGGGCGACGCACGCAGCGGCGAAUAGAGACCUGUGGGACCACACACGAUCGCUUUGGAAGUGACCGGCAAUUUCAAGGACAUCAAUCGGGAGUCGUUGACUUGUGCGGCAGGCGUCUCUCACUUGUGAGAUUGUGUGUGACUAAGAAGAAGAAGAAGAAGAAGAAGGGAGGUAUCGAAGAUGGCGACCGUUAUGCAAAAGAUCAAGGAUAUUGAAGAUGAGAUGGCACGGACGCAGAAGAACAAGGCCACAAGUCAUCACAUAGGACUGUUGAAGGCCAAGCUUGCGAAGCUGAGGAGAGACAUCUUGGCCCCCCCUUCGAAGGGAGGUGGCGGGAGUGAGCCCGGGUUCGAUGUCACGAAGAGUGGUGAUGCACGAGUUGGCCUGGUGGGCUUUCCAUCCGUCGGAAAAUCGACUCUCCUCAAUAAGCUGACGGGGACGUUCUCCGAGGUUGCUUCCUACGAGUUUACGACCCUGACGUGCAUCCCCGGUGUCAUUCAGUAUAAAGGAGCGAGAAUACAGGUUAUUGGCGUUGCGCGUACUUGCAGUGCAAUUCUGAUUGUUCUCGAUGCCAUCAAGCCUAUCACUCAUAAAAAGUUGAUUGAAAAGGAACUGGAAGGAUUUGGCAUAAGUGCACACAUGGAAUGGAACUUGGACGGUCUUCUGGAGAAGGUGUGGGAGUAUCUGAAUCUAGUCAGAGUAUAUACAAAGCCUAAGGGACUUAGCCCCGACUAUGAAGACCCGGUAAUUUUGUCAGCGGAUACAAGAAGCGUCGAGGACUUUUGCCUGAGGAUUCAUAAGGACCUUUUGAAACACUUCAAAUAUGCUUUGGUCUGGGGCUCGAGUGCGAAGCACAAGCCGCAAAGAGUCGGAAAGGUAAGUUGAGAUGUGUGCACUGUGCAGUUGAUUUGUUAGAGCCACUAACAGCCCGUUCGUUGGAUUUAAUAAAUUUGAAUUUGAAUU